AUGCACGAAGAAGAAGGUGAACGCGGGAGGUGCAGAUGACGUAGGAAGAGGGAAAUCCAAAACACAGAGCCAGCGACGAGCCUUUUCUGAGUGAAGCUGUGAACUUUUAAGUUAGAUUAAAGCUAGAUAUCCAGCUAAUAAGUGGACCGCAGCUGUCAAACCGACUACAAAGUCCAGUCCGUUUGCCCCUUUCUCCACGUUGCAAGAUGCAGAAGGCUUCCCGUUUGAAGCGUGAACUUCAGAUGCUGAGCACCGAACCACCUCCAGGCAUAACAUGCUGGCAGAGCGAGGAACAGAUGGAUGACCUUCGGGCACAGAUUGUGGGUGGUACAGGAACUCCUUAUGAAGGUGGACUCUUCUCCCUGGAGGUCAAGAUUCCUGACAGGUACCCAUUUGAACCUCCCAAAAUACGAUUCCUGACACCAAUCUACCACCCAAACAUUGACAAUUCAGGACGAAUCUGCCACGACGCUCUGAAACUCCCACCAAAGGGUGCCUGGAAGCCAUCUCUAAACAUCUCCACAGUCCUCACUUCCAUUCAGCUCCUCAUGGCUGAGCCCAAUCCCGAUGACCCCCUAAUGGCCGACAUAUCAUCAGAGUUCAAAUACAACAAGCAGCUGUUCAUGGAGAAGGCCAGGAAGUGGACAAAGGAACAUGCUGUGCAGAAGAUCACUGGAGAUGUAGAAGACGACAAAGAAAAUGCAUCAGAUCAGAAAGCAGCGUCCAGAAAAAGAGAGGCGCUCGGUGCACAGAAGGAGGUGGGGGAACCAGCAAAAAGAACCUGUGUGUAGUUUCCACCAAACUCUUUAGAGCCACGGGUAUCUCUUCUGGUAUCUCUGAAUGCCUAGAGAAACUGCUAAUACCAUCUUUCAUAUUAUGUAUCUAUAUGUAUAAUAUGUAUGUUUGUGUUGUGAUAUUAAAGUUUAAUUUUAUGAAUGUA